AGCCAUGGGUUACAACUACUGAAGAAACUGUCCACCUGGAAACUGCAUAAUACAACAACUUCACUGUCAAAGCCAUGGUAUCCAAGAGUGGUGGGCUGAAGUGGCUCCUUCCAUCAACCAUGAUCAUCCUGUGUAUGUUCAUCAUUAUUACACCAGCUCUGUGCAGCCCCGUCCAGGUGAACUGCUCCAGACCGGACCAGCCCAGCCUGCUGGAGGCCCUGACUCCCGUCUUCAACCUGAGGAACGUCCGGCCCGUCCUGGAUCAAGCGACCCCCACCAACAUCAGCAUUUACUUCACUAUGUAUGGGAUAUUAGGGGUGGAUGAAAAGGCUCAACUCCUGGUCACCUACAUUUGGCUACAUUAUUUUUGGAUGAACGAAUUCGUCAGCUGGGACCAAAACGAGUGUGGUGCCAAAAGGAUUUCUCUUCCCAAAGAGAAAUUUUGGCUUCCGGAUAUUGUGAUCAACGAAUUUAUGAAUGAAAACAAAGCACCAAAAGUGCCGUACGUAUACGUGUAUAACAAUGGCAUGAUCCACGAUGCUCUGCCCGUCAAAAUCGUGAGCUCCUGCAACCUUGACAUCUACACUUUCCCGUUCGAUAUACAAAACUGCACUUUGACUUUCAAUUCCUACACCUACUAUUCGAUUGAUAUCAGGGUAACACUUGGGAGAGCAGUGGAGAUAAUCACACAGAGCUCAAAGGACGUGAUGACCACCAUGGGUGAAUGGGAGCUGCUCGAUAUCACUGCCCUCAAACUGGACCACAACAAGACGGUGUAUGAAACAGACAAGCUGCAGUUCCACGUCAGAGUGCGCCGCCGGUCCACCAUGUAUGUGGUGAACCUCCUGAUCCCCAGCUGCUUCCUCAUCACAUUGGACCUCUUCAGCUUCAUCCUUCCUCCACACACCGUGGACCGAUCCUCGUUCAAGAUGACCCUCAUCCUCGGCUACACCGUCUUCCUGCUCAUGAUGAAUGAGCUGCUGCCCGUCACUGGAAACGCCAUACCGCUCAUCAAUGUGUUCUUCUCCCUCUGCCUGGCUCUGAUGGUGGCCAGCCUGCUGGAGACUAUCCUCGUCACCAACCUGCUGUCCUGCUCCGCUGACUUCUCUCCUGUCCCACCAUGGAUCCAAGUGCUCGUUCUGAAAAUCCUGGGUUUUCUUGUUUGUAUGCCGAGAAAGACUAACACACCAAGAGAACCUGAACGCAGGACCGACACAGUGGUGGUUGAGAAGUUAGAUGGGGAGCUGCCAGAGACAAAGGGAGCGAGUGAGGAGGACAAGGCCCUGCAGGAGCUGAGGAGCCUGAGCAACGUCCUCCACGCCCUUCGCUCCCGGGUGGAGGAGCAGCAGAAGGGCAGUCAGAGCUCUGAGGACUGGAUCCAGUGCUGCCAGAUGAAAAUCAAGCCUUCUAAGCUUCUAAUCAUCCUCACCUCUCUGCUCAUGCAUGCAUCCCCUUGCAGCGCCAUCUUAGCGAAAUGCUCUGAACCUGAUUCAGCUUCACUCCUGCAUGCUCUCCAGCCAGUCUUCGAUCUGAGCCCCAUUCGACCCGUCAUAAAUGUGUCAACCCAAACCACUGUUGGCCUUGACUUCCACAUGCUUGCUAUUUUAGGAGUGGAUGAAAAGUCCCAGGUCCUGACAACAUACAUAUGGCAACACUUAGAAUGGAAAAAUGAAUUUUUCACGUGGAACCCAAAGGAAUGUGGUUCAAAAUGGAUCGCAGUCCCACGAAAUCUGCUCUGGGUGCCAGACAUUGUCAUCAAUGAAUUCAUGAAGGAAAACUCCGCUCCAUUUGUCCCAUACACCUACCUCCAUUAUUCGGGCAAAAUUGUUGAUAAACAGCCCAUCAGAGUCGUCAGUGCCUGCAGUCUCGACAUCUACUUGUUUCCAUUUGAUAUUCAGAACUGCACUUUUAGCUUCAACGCCUACAUCCACUUCACGGACGCCGUAGGGAUUAAUCUCUUAUCUCCUGUUGAGGAUAUACUUGAAGAAUCCACAAAGGCAAUAUCAACGAUGGGUGAAUGGAAAUUAGUUGGAAUUACAGCAAAGAAAACUGUAAUAACAACUUUGGGUGGCAAAGUCUACGAUGAGCUUAAAUUCUCUAUCUCUGUAAAGCGCCAUGCCACCUCAUAUGUCGUGAACCUCUUGAUUCCCAGCUCUUUCCUCAUCUUGGUGGACCUCUUCAGCUUCAUGUUGCCUCCCCAGAACAUUGACCGGUCUUUGUUCAAGAUGACCCUUGUCCUGGGCUACACCGUCUUCCUGCUCAGCACCAAUGACAUGCUGCCCAUCACCGGAAACACCCUGCCUCUCAUAAAUGUGUUCCUCUCUCUCUGCCUGAUAAUGAUGGUUACCAGUCUGCUGGAGACCGUCUUCAUUACCAACCUCCUGCGCGGCUCUGCUCACUACCCUCGGGCUCCUCGCUGGCUCAGGGUGUUUGUGCUUCACGUCUUGGGCCGACUGGUACGACUUCCUCCAAAGCCCAGGCAACAGGAAGACGUAGUGAUUCGAAAUAUCAACGCACAAGAGCUGAAGGAUUUCUCUCUAGUAGCAAAAGCCAGAGAGACCGACCAGAAAGAGUCGCUGAAUGAGGAAAAAACCCUGCAGGUGCUGAGGACCCUGGGGAGGGAUCUCCAGGCCAUCUAUCGUCAGGUGGUGCAGCAGCUGAGAGGAAGCAGCAACUCAGCGGAGUGGAUCCAGAUCGGCCUAGUCAUAGACCGCCUGCUCUUCAUCUUUUACAUCUUCUUCACAACAAUUAGCUUCUUUACCAUCAUCAUUAUCUGGGUGAAAUCAUACAACACAUGA